UUGUCUGUUUAUUAACCUUUUAAAAUUUCAAUUUUCUAUCUAUGAUACGAGAUUGUAAUUUAUAGUAGUUAAGAGACCAAUUUUCAUAUAUCAACAUAAUUAUCUGAAAUUUGAUGAAUCAAGUAAAUAGUGCUGUGUCAGCUUAAAAUGUAAGGUUUAAAGUAAAAGGAAAAGUCAUCACAAAUUUAUGUUAAGAUCAAAAUCAAGACAUGGCUCAGCCAAACUCCAAUACUCCGAAAAAAUUUCAGACACAACUGUCUGCGCAUACCAUUGAUGGAUACGCCAUAGUGGAGAAAAUUGGUUCUGGUAGCUACUCUACUGUUUACAAGGCUUUCAAAACGAUUGGACCGAGGGACACUGUUGCAAUAAAAUGUGUGGAGAAGAACAAGUUGUCUCCGACAGGCGUAGAGAAUAUCAUCACAGAAAUCCGCAUGCUGAAAAUGUUAAGACAUGAAUACAUCGUUCAGAUGAAGGACUUUCAAUGGGACGAGAGGUUCAUCUACAUAGUGAUGGAGUAUUGCGAUGGCGGUGAUCUGUCUGCUUUCAUACACAAACGUCGCAAGCUGCCGGAAACCAUUUGUCGGAAGUUCAUGCAGCAGUUGGCGCUCGCACUUAAGUUCUUGCGGCUCAAUAACGUCUGUCACCUUGACCUCAAGCCUCAGAACUUGCUGCUAGUCACACAGCCGGAACUUACUCUAAAAGUUGGAGAUUUUGGGUUUGCCCAGUUUCUGUCAAACGAGGCGUACCACAGUUCACUUCGAGGGUCUCCCCUUUACAUGGCACCUGAGAUGUUGAUCAAACGACACUACGACGCCAAGGUGGACUUGUGGAGUGUGGGUGUGAUCGCGUACGAGUGUUUGUUCGGCCGUGCGCCGUAUUCUUCCGCCACCAUCAGACAGCUCCAUGACAAGAUCAGGUCUCAAGCUCCUAUAGAGAUCCCGGAGCAAUGUGUGUCACGGGACUGCCAGGACUUGUUGGGUCGGCUGCUGAAACAUGACCCGGAGCAGCGGAUCAGCUACGAGGAGUUGUUUGCCCACCCAUUCCUGGACCUGGAGCACUUGCCCAGUGAGGAGUCCUACCGGAAGGGAGUGGCGCUGGUCCACGAGGCGGUGCGGCAGGACGCAGCCAAGGAGUUCAGGCAAGCCUUCGUCCUAUACUGCCAAGCACUGCAGUACUUCGUGCCUUACAUACAAGCCGAAAAAGACCCAGAGAAAAAGGCUGGGCUCACGUCCAAAGUAGCAGAGUACACAAAGAGAGCUGAAGAGUUGAAAUCAAUCCUCCAUCCGCCUAAAGUUACCAAAGAGUCUUCCGUGACUUCUCCGUCUGUCAGCUCCGAGUCAUCCGCUGAGCAUACUCCGUCCCAUACUCCGGCCACUCCAGACCUCAUUACUCUCUGUUCUACAACUCCUGCCCUGAAAGAUGCGUUGGAUAUCGGAACAUCGGCUCAGAUGUACCUGGCGGAGGGGCAGUACCAACUGGCCCUGGACAAGUUCCAGGCGAGUCUGGGAGUGUUGGUACCACUGCUGGCCACGGAGCCACUUGGUGUCAGGAAAGACCUAUUGUACAGACAGAUCCAAGACUGGCUAAAGCAGGCGGAGAGUGUAAAGGCUCUCCAGUCGUACGUGAAGAUGAACCAGACUUCACCUCAGAGCAUUGCGGAAAAAGACGCUUGCUGCAUCCAAUGACUUUGACUAAAUGUUCGGACCUGCUGGCUCUACAAUUAUGUUUCCUCUAUUUUGGCGACCCCGGGACACUACAUCUGUGAUAUUAAUAAAUAUUUAUUUUAUUUAUAAUUAGUAAAAUGAAUGCAACUUCUCUCUUUCUUCUGUUCAGAAAAUGAUUAGCCUACACUAUCAAUGUUCAGUGAUAGAGCACUCAAUAUUACACAUAUUACUGUAAUUUCAUUAUAUUGUCGAUCUAGUUGUUGUUUAUUGGGCUUAAUUUUAAAGUCUUACCUCUAUUUACAGUUUAUUUAUUUAAGUUUUAUUUAUUGUUUAUUAUUACGUGUAUAAAUUAUAACUACGGGAAAGGAAUUCAGUAUACGUAUAUCCUACCUUUUAGCACUGAGGGAUAAAUCACAGGGUGUAAAACCAAUGGACUGAUAUAUCUAGUUUAACAUUAUGUACGUAAUUACGUCUAAAUGUAUGUUUUUAUUUGGAUCCGAUUGGUAAUUGCAGGUAUUAGUUUAAUGUAGUCAGAAAAUGUUUGUUUCUAAAGAACAGAUAUUUUAAAGCAGGUUUAAGUUGAUUAAUGAAUUUCUGUAGAUUGCAUUUUAAUGCAAUCAUAUUUUAUACGUAGAAGGCCUAUUUUUACUGUGUUGUAUUUAGUAUGCUAAAAAAACACUUUUGUAAAAAUAAUAAAAAAUGAAAACCACAAG